GAGAGGCAGCACAGCACUGUCAGAGGAGAGAGCACGGAGGAGGGACGCAGGCUGGUGAAGUAGCAUUGCAGCACAUGCUGCCUUUUCCACCAGGGUGAUCAUCCCAACAUGGCUAUGAAUCUGGGCGCUGAAUCCACCGGACCAGAGACCCACGGACCUGGCUUCUAGGCAAGAACAAUGGCUGAUCUCGAGGACUUCGGCAAGACGGUGGGUUACUGGAACUCGUCGGACAGCCACCAGCUGAACCCGGCGAGCGUGAUCGUAUCGGUAGUCUUCUCCCUCAUCUUCCUCCUGGGCACGGUGGGCAACAGCCUGGUCCUGGCCGUGCUGCUUCGGAGCGGCCAGGUCGGCUACAACACCACCAACCUCUUCAUCCUCAACCUCAGCGUGGCCGACUUCUUCUUCAUCAUUUUCUGCGUGCCUUUCCAGGCCACCAUCUACUCGCUGGAGGGCUGGGUGUUUGGCUCCUUCAUGUGCAAGGUGGUGCACUUCUUCAUCAACCUCACCAUGUACGCCAGCAGCUUCACGCUGGCCGUCGUCUCUGUGGACAGGUACCUCGCCAUCCGUUACCCUCUGCGCUCUAGGGAACUGCGCACGCCCUGCAAUGCAGGUCUGGCCAUGGUGGUUAUCUGGGGUCUGUCUCUGGUCUUCGCCGGACCUUACCUGAGCUACUACGACCUGGUCACCUUUGAAAACAGCAACGUGUGCAUCCCGGGCUGGGAGGAAUGCAACCGUAAGGUGCUGGACACCUGCACCUUUGUGUUCGGCUACGUGAUCCCUGUGCUCAUCGUCAGCCUCUCGUACACCCGCACCAUCAAGUACCUCUGGACCGCCGUGGAUCCCCUGGACGGCAUGUCCGAGUCCAAGCGAGCCAAGCGCAAGGUCACCAAGAUGAUCAUCAUCGUCACCGUCCUCUUCUGCAUCUGCUGGCUGCCCUACCACGUGGUGAUCCUGUGCUACCUCUACGGAGACUUCCCCUUCAACGAGACCACAUACGCCUUCCGGCUGCUCUCGCACUGCAUGGCGUACGCCAACUCCUGCCUCAACCCCAUCGUUUACGCCCUGGUCUCCAAGCACUUCCGCAAGGGCUUCAAGAAGGUCUUCAGCUGCAUCCUCCUGAGCAAGAGCCGCCGCCGCAACAAGGUGCACGUGGUGCACGUGGCCAACACGGUACCGGGCUUCGAGGCCGGUUCCACGGAGGUGUCACAGAUGCCCGAGGAGAACGGCCGGCCAAACGAGCGCGAGAUGGAGAACCGGCCACUCGCGCCGCCGGCACUACCAGAUGGAGCCAUGGCGAUCCCACUGCCAUUUCAGAGUCAGCCUUGAGCACGCAUAAAGGAAUUGGUGCCCGUGCCGAUGGAAAGCCAUAGCAAAAAUGGCCGCACACAGACCACAGCUCUGGGAGAGAUUUUGGAUCCACUCCAGGGACGUAUGCUUGGCUGCCAGUGAUAGAAUCCAAAACCGUGGCUGUCCCUGGAGUGUUGCUUCAGGACCCAGGCCAGACUACUGAACUUAAAAAAAAAAGAGGCUGAAGAUUUAACAUGGCCAAACCUGUGUGAUUUCAUUUGGACAGUUCCUAGAUAAAUGGGGUUAAUUUCAAAUGUAAAUAAAUACAUGUACCAACCUGUAUUUUAAUCAAUAUUACAAUUCGCUUUGUAUCAAUAUAUGAUUCACUUCAAAGCUAUUUCUAUGAAUUUUGUUGUAACAAAUGUUGUCUUUCUUGGCAUGUGGCUUUAUGAUGUUUCUUGUUUCAAAUCUAUUGAUAUAAAAUGGCUGCUCCUUGACUGACACUGACUGCACUUUAACUGGUUGUCUUGUAGCCUUUCAGCUGUAUCUUCUACUAAAAGCUGUGAUUUCUUAUAUUCUCUACCCUGUUGCCUUCAGUGACAGCAUUCUAUUGAUUAUAUCUCAUACAUGCUCUUUGCUCACUGCCUCUUUUCUAAAGGUUGAAUGCUUCUGCUUUAUGAAGAAAAGACCGUAAUGAGGAGAGCAGUGUAAGAUGUGUGUAAAUUUAACACUUCUCAAAAUAUUUAUGUUUGCUCAUUUUCUUAAAACUAUUGGCUUUAUUGUUUUACACCUUCUGGUUAUUUAACACUUAUCUGAAUGUUUGUCAUGUCAACAUGAAGAUUAAUAAAUUAUUGUUGUCAAAUGUUA